CAAUAUUGGAAAAUAACUAAAGUAUUCAGAAACAAAUUUCUUUUAAAAUGUUUAAAAAUCUUUAAGGUUUUUUCUUCAAUUAAUAUUUAUGUAUUUCAACAAUGAACAACAAUGAAAUUAGUUUAAAUUCAAGUUUAAAUAAAACAUGCAGUAUGAAACAUCACACUAGACAUAGUUUUCAUUUAAGUGAAACCACCAUCGAGGAGGAAGAGUCGCCACCAGAAAAUGAUAAUAUGCUACCGCAUUUGAAACGUAAUACACCCAUACUCUUUUCCACCAAUCGAGGUUUACAUUUAAGAACCACAACUAAUGCUAACACAACAGCGACACCAACACCCCAUACUGCUAAUUCAACGAGUAGUCAUAAUACCUCGCGAGCAUCUGUCAUAAAUUCCUCCUAUAAUAUGACAUUUUGUGAUUUAGAAAGAUGGAGCACAAAUCGCGCUAAUACGAUUAGCCUGGAAGAUACUUUUACCAUACCUAAACCUCCGGUUGUACCCUCAUCUGCUGCGUCGGGUUCUUUGGCCUCUAACAGUUUACGCUUUUUACCACAUAAAUCUACAUCAGUUCGUUUUAAUGGUUACUCAAGAUUUGAUGUGGAAUAGAUAUAAAAAAGAACAAAAUUCUUUUUAAGAUUUUGUGAUAUAUUGGGUUAAGCUGUUUAACAAGUGAUUUGACUAGACUAUAGAGCAGUGUAGUGGCUAAUCAAUAGACUAGUCUAUACAGUUGUCAAUAUAUAAGUCUAGAGAGUAGUCAAAAGACGAAUCUAUGCAGUAGACAAUAGGAUUUUCUAUAGAGUAGUCAAUAAACUUAUAUAUAGUAGUCUAUUGAGUAGUCCAUAUAGAGUAAUCUAUAGACUAGUCUAUACAGUAGCCAAUAGAUUAUACUAUAGAGUAGUCAAUAGACUAUUCUAUAGAGUAGUUAAUAGACUAUUCUAUAGAGUAGUCAAUAGACUAUUCUAUAGAGUAGUCAAUAGACUAGUCUACAGAGUAGUCAGUAGAUUCGUCUAUAAAGUAUUCAAUAGACUCGUCUAUAGAGUUGUCAAUUGACUAACCUAUAGACUAGUCUAUAGAGUAAUCAAUAGACAAGACUAGUCUAUAGAGGAAUCAAUAGACUAGUCUAUA